AUGUGUUGAAUAACUUUUAGGUCGCUCUAUAUUUUUAUAUCGUAUAUGUUUUGCAGCCAAUUUUUCAACUGGUAGCCCUGUAAUGCACGUGUAACUCACAUGACCUUGAACACAUCAAUUAAUUUACUAUUUUGAGGUCUCACUUCACUAACAAAAAUGAAAAAAUCGUAUAAUAUAAUCAAAUACUAAAUUGAAAAGUAAGUAGACCAACAAAGACAUAGAAAUAGAAGCAAUAAUUAGGGGGAUCUAUUUCAAAUUGAAAAUUAGAGACUAACAAGAUUUUUUUUUAGUGAAAUAUUUAGCUGCAUAUUUAUUGUUAGUCAAUGCUGGUAAUGCAUCACCAUCAGCUUCAGAUAUAAAAAACGUUUUAUCAGCUGCUGAUGUCGAAAUUGAAGAUGAAAAAGUUGAAAAAUUAAUUGCAGAAGUAGAAGGUAAAAAUGUUGAAGAGUUAAUUGCUGAAGGUAAUGAAAAAUUAUCAAGUGUCCCAACCGGUGGUGCUGCUCCAGCAGCUGGUUCAGGUGCUGCUGCUGGUGCUGCUGCUGAAGAAGCUGAAGAAGAAACUAAAGAAGAAGAAGCUGAAGAAUCAGAUGAAGAUAUGGGUUUCGGUUUAUUUGAUUAA